AUGCUGAAUGAGCAGAUUGGCAUCGUUACACCAAAUGCAAAGGCUCAGUUUAGAAAGAAGUACGUGACUGGUAUAUUCGAGGCAAGCGUGUGGAAAAGUAUUUCCCUAUUACGCUCUAUUUCUGCUGUCAAUUCCGGCGCCGAUGCUGGCAAAGGACUUGGGCCAACAUUCGGAAUCAUUUCCACUGGAGAUGUAUGGAAGGAGAUAUUUGAAAACGCCGUGCCGGAGCUGCUGCGACGGCGCUCGGAUUUUGGGACGGAUGACAAUGUGGACCUGGAGUCAUUAUUUGCUGGGGUCGAGACCACAGGGCUUAGUGCUGUUGAGUUGCAUACUACACCUGCAGAAGAGGUCGAGAAAAGAAUGGUAGAAGCAACGGAACGAUUAAUUAACAGGGCUGGGAAACAAAUAGCAUCCAUAUGUCUCGGAUGUGCGGGGAUGGCAGGCAUGGACGGAGUUGUCCGUCAAGGGUGCAUAAGAGCGCUUGGUCCAGUGCUGGGAGAGAAAAUCGUCAUCAUCGAAGGAGUCGUUGCCGGAGUGGAACAACUGGUUGAUGAAUGUAGUAACUCAGGCGGUUGGUCGGCUGAAGUUCGGCCCAAGCUGCAGGAACCAGUUUUGCUCUUUGACUGCCCUAAUUCCCAACUUUCCCCUCCACCACGCGAGGACGCGUUCUCCACAUCAAAAUCAACAACAGCUUCAAGCAAAGUCAGGAAGAUGCCAAGGGAGAUCAUCACAAUCCAGGCUGGCCAGUGCGGCAACAAUGUUGGUAGUCAAUUCUGGCAGCAGCUAUGCCUCGAACAUGGAAUAAACAAAGAUGGGAAUUUAGCAGAAUUUGCGACUGAGGGAGGAGAUCGGAAAGAUGUCUUUUUCUACCAGAGUGACGAUACACGAUACAUUCCUCGAGCUAUAUUACUUGACCUAGAGCCAAGGGUUCUGAAUACCAUCCAAACCGGCGCCUAUCGCAACAUAUACAACCCUGAGAACUUUUUCAUUGGUAGGCAGGGGAUAGGUGCAGGGAAUAAUUGGGCUGCCGGAUAUGCGGCCGGUGAGAUUGUUCAGGAAGAGGUUUUCGAUAUGAUAGAUCGGGAAGCAGAUGGCAGUGAUUCAUUAGAGACCUACUCCGUGUUUCCUGACACACAAGCAGCCGAUGUUGUUGUCAAUCCCUAUAACAGCCUGUUGGCCAUGAGAAGAUUGACACAAAAUGCAGAUUCAGUGGUUGUCGUGGACAAUGGUGCCCUUUCCCGAAUUGCUGCAGACCGAUUACAUGUGCAAGAACCUUCAUUUCAACAAACCAAUCAAUUGGUUUCUACUGUUAUGUCUGCAUCCACCACCACCCUUCGAUAUCCAGGGUACAUGCAUAACGACCUCGUCAGCAUCCUGGCGAAUCUCAUACCAGAUCCUCGUACCAGAUUCCUCAUCACGUCAUACACGCCUUUUACCGGUGAUAAUGUCGAACAAGCAAAAACAGUCCGAAAAACCACCGUACUAGAUGUUAUGCGUCGACUCCUCCAACCUAAAAACCGCAUGGUCUCAAUCGUACCCAGUAAAUCCAGCUGCUAUAUCAGCAUAUUCAAUAUCAUUCAGGGUGAAGCAGCUCAGACGGAUGUUGAUAAAUCGAUUCUCAGGAUUCGUGAACGUCGCCUGGCCACAUUUAUCCCCUGGGGACCAGCUAGCAUCCACGUCGCUGUUCCCAAACGCUCUCCAUACCUGCCCAAUACUCAUAGGGUAAGUGGAUUAAUGCUGGCAAACCACACCUCGGUGGCAACCCUCUUCAAGAGGAUUGUUAGUCAGUACGAUCGGCUACGCAAGCGCAAUGCGUUCUUGGAACAAUAUAAAAAGGAAGCCCCAUUCGCGGAUGGAUUGGGGGAGUUUGACGAAGCCAGGACUGUGGUUAUGGAUCUCAUUGCGGAAUAUGAAUCUGCAGAAAAACCCGAUUACGCAGGUGGCGGGACGGAUAUAGAGGAGAAUUGA